AUGCCGAGCCUGAUCAGCAUUCUCUCCUCUCAGAGCUCCUCUCGCUUCGCCCACGCUCUCAGCAGGGAGACUCGUGUGUCGACCGCCGAAAAUGCGUCCGUCAAGGUUCCCGCGAAUCUAGGCCUUUCAUUUGGCCCAGCGGCUCCUAGCACUUUCCACAUGCCCGCUCCGCCGCCCUUUCAGCAACACGCUCCUUCGUUCCAGCAGCAAUUACAGCACCAACUGUAUCAACUGCCGCUCAUGCCCGCGCAGCAGUCGAUCCCGCGCGGGAGCGAUUCAACUCACGGCAUUUCCGCAAAUCCCGCCGAUCGUUGCGGGCUGCAUCUAAUUCGCGGCAACGUGUUCGACCUCCGGUCGCAAGACCUGUCGACCACGGCCGUAUCACCCGCUGGCAUGGCUGGUGACGUAUCGAUUUCAUCCUCGAUUCGCCUGGCGGAUCUGAUAUCCGAGUAUUUUGAAGAUUGCGAUGAGGAUGGCGACGCGCUCGACGGCUUGACGACUCUGAGAACAGAGCGCAGCGCGCAGGCGCAGUUUCACGAAUCCCGCGCAGGAACAGCAACCUUUCUGCCCGCCACGAACCCCUCGCGCUCGAACCUGGGAUCGCAGGGCGAGGAGGCGAAUCAAUGGUUGUCCGCAGACUAUCUGGACAGGCAGAUGCAACUGACGGAGCAGAGUCAACUUCGCAUGGUUCAGUCCCUCGCAGACAUGGAUGGCCCUGUCGAAAGCGCUCUCUACGCUGACGUCAUCACAGCGAUGACCGACGCGCGUGCGUGCCACGCGAACGUCCUGCGCGGGAGCAGCAUGAACGCGGCGGUCGCAGGGCGACUGCGUGCGAUGGGGUACGACGCGGCGGUGUGCACGACGCAGUGGGAAACGUCGCCCACCAUGCCCGAGGGGUCAUACGAGUACAUUGAUGUCCUCCGCUUCAUCGUCGACCUGGACUUCCGCGUGCAGUUCCAGAUCGCACGGCCCACGCGCGAGUACGCGUGCACGCUCGAAUCCACGCCGUUGAUCUUCGUGGGGCGGCAGGAGCGGCUGGCGCGGUUGGUGGAGAUGGUAUCUGGCGCGAUGAGGGGGGCUUUAAGGGCGCAGGGCAUGCACAUUCCGCCGUGGCGCAAGGGGGAGUAUCUCCACGCCAAGUGGAUGGCUGCGGUUAGCCAGAGAGUCGUGUGUGAGGCGAAGGGGAUGGCGAAUGAUACGGAGGGCGAGGUGGAAGAGAGCAAGAGAGUUGUGGGCAAGGGGAAUGUAGGCGAAGGGAUGGAGAGCAAGGGGAUGGAGAAGCGGGGAGUCGGGCGGGGGGAUAAGGUUACAAUUACAGCUGGUGGUGAUUUAAAUGGUGGCGAGGAUUUUCAUGCUCCACCCCUCUCUACUGUCACAUCUGCCACUAGCACUGCUGAUUCUGCCGUUCCUGUGAAGCCAGCCCCUGCUGCCAGCCCCUUAUCUGCUGGCGCUCUCCCCCUUGCAUCCACUACUGCUCCAGCUGGAAGCUUCUAUGCAUCUUCCGCUCCAGGCAUCACAGGUACUGCCAGGGCUGCACACGCUCUGCACCAGCAGCAGCAGCAGCAGCAGCAAGAACAGUUGGCCCAUGCCGGAGCUGCACCCGCUCUGCACCACCAGCGCCAGCAGCAGCAAGCACCGACCCCCCACGCUGCGGACACCAUGGGGGAUGCAGUUCUCUUCCAAGGCCGCCUCGUUCCCACGAGACGCUUUGCUGCCCUCCACCAGUGCGCACAAGCAGGGGGACGGUGA